AUGGGCUCGAAAUCCUCUAGUGUGAGCGAGGAAGGUGCCAACAACACUGGCGAGCAGCCCAAGAAGUCGCUCUACCGCCGCUAUGAAGACGCGAAGAGCGGCCGCAACAACGAGAUCUCGGACGAGGAUAUGAAGAAGUACACGGGCAAGACAAGGGACGAGCUGAACACCUGGGCCAAGACCGCGCCGGACGUCGCAGGCAAUCAGGUUGCCGGCAAGAUCGACACCGGGCCUGCGAGCGGGCUCGGCGGCGCCGCAGCUGCCGGCGGCUACGGUGGCUGGGGUUACGAGGCCGGUGCACGAGCAAAAUACCCCCCGCAGCAGAGGAAUGAUGGAAAAGCAAAGGAUCAAGAUAGCGAUUGA